AGGAAGGUCGGCUGCGUCUCCGUCACCAUCCCCUGGACCCCACCUGCCGGCGGCGCCGGUCGCGGUCCCGACGCAGCUGCCCGCUCGAAGAGGGCUUUGGUUUCCAGAAGAGCUGACGACCUAGGUGGGGAAGGAGCCGGCUGUGACCCUUGCCCUGCUCUGGAGGGCCCAGCCUUGGGCUGAAUGGCAGCGCCCACGCUGGGCAACCUGGUGCUGACCCACGUACUGGUGGCCCUCUUCGGCAUGGGCUCGUGGGCUGCGGUCAACGGGAUCUGGGUGGAGCUGCCUGUGGUGGUAAAAGACCUUCCAGAGGGUUGGAGCCUCCCCUCAUACCUCUCUGUGUUGGUGGCGCUGGGGAACCUGGGUCUGCUGGUGGUGACCCUGUGGAGGCGGCUGGCCCCGGGCAAGGGCGAGCGGGUCCCCAUCCAGGUGGUGCAGGCGCUGAGCGUGGUGGGCACAGCCCUGCUGGCCCCUCUGUGGCACCGUGUGGCCCCAGUGGCAGGGCAGCUGCACUCCGUGGCCUUCCUAACGCUGGCCUUGGUGCUGGCAAUGGCCUGCUGUGCCUCUAAUGUCACUUUCCUGCCCUUCUUAAGCCAUCUGCCACCUCCCUUCUUACGGUCUUUCUUCCUGGGCCAGGGCCUCAGUGCACUGCUGCCCUGUGUGCUGGCCCUAGUGCAGGGCGUGGGACGCCUUGAGUGCCCACCAGCACCCACCAAUGGCACUCCUGGGCCCCCUCUCAUCUUCCCUGAGCGUUUUCCUGCCAGCACCUUCUUCUGGGCACUGACCGCUCUUCUGGUCACUUCAGCUGCUGCCUUCCAGGGUCUCCUGCUGUUGUUGCCAUCAACACUAUCUGUACCCCCAGGGGGCUCAGGGCCUGGCCUGCAAGUAGGAGCCCCAGGAGCGGAGCAGGAAGAGGAGGAAGAAGAGGCCUCACCAUUGCAGGAGCCACCGAGCCAAGCGGCAGGCACCACCCCUAGCCCAGACCCUGAGGCCCUCCAGCUGCUCUCAGCCCGUGGGGCCUGCCUGCUAGGCCUGCUGGCCGUCACCAAUGCACUGACCAACGGUGUGCUGCCUGCUGUGCAGAGCUUCUCCUGCUUGCCCUAUGGGCGCCUGGCCUACCACCUGGCCGCCGUGCUGGGCAGUGCCGCCAACCCCCUCGCCUGCUUCCUGGCCAUGGGCGUGCUGUGCAGGUCCCUGUCAGGGCUGGGUGGCCUCUCUCUUCUAGGCGUGCUCUUUGGGGCCUACCUGAUGGCACUGGCAAUCCUGAGCCCUUGCCCGCCCCUAGUGGGUACUUCUGCAGGGGUAGUCUUUGUGGUUCUGUCAUGGGUGCUGUGUCUGGGUGUGUUCUCAUAUGUGAAGGUGGCAGCUGGCUCCCUGCUGCAUGGUGGGGGCCGGCCAGCGUUGCUGGCAGCUGGCAUGGCCAUCCAGAUGGGCUCCCUGCUUGGCGCGGUGGCCAUGUUCCCUCCCACCAGCAUCUACCAUGUGUUCCGCAGCGGGAAGGAUUGUGUGGACCCCUGUGGCCCCUGAGCCUGGGCAAGUGGGGACCUCACUCCACCCCACCCGUCUUCAUCUCAAGGCUGUCACAGUGCCUGAGUGCACACGGACACACUUGACACCUGCACACUCCACAGAAGAACCUGGCACUUCAGGCCAGGGUUCAACCAAAGAGUAGACCUAGAGCCAGAGACUGUGGGCUUGGCCUGAGGCCUGGGACACUCAUGGGAUUUGUACAAUAAAGCAUUUUUAUUCAAUGA